CACUCUUAGCAGCAGGCUCGACUUUAUGCUGCAUCAUGGCUCUAGCAGAAGUUUGUGGUGUUACUCUUAAUUAUUUAGAUAAGCGAUUGUAUGAAGAAAAGGGUGUUUCAGAACCAUUUCUUGAGUUAACCGAAGAGUCUUUUUUAAAUCAUACGCAACUUUCAUUUCCAGAUUUUUCGGAUCCUGUGGAGAAACUGAAAAAAUUUACUGUAGAUGAACAUGGCAAGGGAAUUAAAAUCCAUUAUGAUAAAGGUACCACAACCUUGGCUUUCAAAUAUAAAGGGGGUGUAGUGGUUGCUGUGGAUUCAAGAGCCACAGGGGGACAGUAUAUUGGAUCACAAACAGUCAAAAAGAUAAUUGAGAUCAAUGACUACCUACUGGGAACCAUGGCCGGAGGUGCAGCAGACUGUGUGUAUUGGGAGAGGGUUUUGGCCGAACGAUGCAGGAUUUAUGAACUGAGAAAUCGAGAGCGUAUAUCAGUUGCAGCUGCCUCAAAGUUACUAGCCAACAUUCUAUACAACUACAAAGGAAUGGGGUUAUCUAUGGGUGUAAUGAUUGCUGGAUGGGAUAAGCGUGGUCCAGGUUUGUAUUAUAUUGACAGGCAAGUUUUUAACAGGAAAGAAUAGAGACUUCCACUAUUA